GUCAACACAGAGUGCUGUAACAGCUUUAUUACCAUGCACCAUUUGAGCUUCAUGUGUACAUGGAAUAAACAAGUUACUGUCGAUUUCUUCUUCAUCACUAUCAUCACUAUUUUUACUCUUUUCAGCAAUUUUUUCCUCUUUUUGUAUUACUAAAUUUGCAGGCACUGGAGGACCAAUAAAAUCAUCCUCGCUAUCAUCUUCACUGUCAGGUACUUUUUCCUCUUCAGGCUGUUUGGUUAUUUCCUUAGCGGUUGCCUUUACCUGUGCAAUCAUUUCUUUAAUGUCAAAAGAUUUUGCUUUCUUACCAAAAUUGCUAAUACCCAUAACGUUUUUCAUUUGCUGGGAUUCUGUAUCGUCUUCUAAUACUUGUAUUGCUUGAGGGGGACCGAAUGUUCCAAAUGUGCCAGUUGCCUCAAUUUUAUCGGAGUUCUGACUAAAAUUGGCACUAAUCUUGCCAAAGCUAAUUUUUUUAUUCAUUUUGUUUCUUUAAAAGUUAAAACAAACUGAAUUAAACAUUUCCAGUUCACUCACAGGUCACAGGUCCGUAUUUAUAAUUUUAUAAACAAAACUCAGCUGAGUCGUCCUUGAACGAAAAUCGAAUUUCAGUUAUAUCGCGUGAAUGUACAUAACAGUUACAGGUUCUGUUUAUAAAUACGGACCUCAGUCCUCAGUUCAUUAUUCACAAAACUCAGCAACUUUUUAGAAUGUCUGAAAUAUAAAAAGAGCAGUGUCCAGUGAUCAAUCAAAAAUAAAAAAAGAAGUUUCUCUUCUUUUAUAAGUAGUUCAAUUUAAGCCUAUUGUGUAUAAUCCAUAAAAUACUUUUUAACUAUUGACCACGUGGAAAGUUUAAAAAUAAACACGUCUGCCGACGUUUGUGUGUCAGUUUGAGGGUCGGUCGGGGGUGCUGUAAUCAUCAAAUCUCUCAGACAUCCGGUGGGUUAUACAUUUAAAAAAAUGUCUGAAAAUAGCGAAGACACAAUAAAAGCCUUUAUGACUUUAGGUUUAAGCGAACAAAAAGCAAAAGAAACCUUAAAAAAUGUUACCGUUACCAAUACUCUUCAAACAAUACUGCACGAAGUUCGAGGUGUAAACUUAUCAGAGGGAACUGGCAUUCUAUUAUACCAACUUGGAACUAAGACAAAGCCACAAAUUAUUCACCAUUUGCCUACUUUGGUUAAAUAUAUAGCUUCCAACAAAUUAGAUACAACUUUAAGAGUAGAUAAAGCCAUAGAAUUUGCACUUUCUCAUAUAAAUAAUUUAAAUACCAGUGAAUUGGAAACUUUUUGUGGUGUUGGAAUUAUUGUAACCCCUGAAGAAAUUCAAAAGGUAGUUGAGAAGCAGUUAAAUGCUAACAAAGAUGAAUUGCUUGAGAAAAGAUAUAAGUACAACACAGGACCACUUAUGCAAAAAGUUAGAUCAGAAUUAGUGUGGGCUGAUGGCAAAGCUGUAAAAAAUGAGAUUGAUGUUCAGGUCUUCAAUCUCUUAGGGCCAAAAACUGAAGCUGAUUUAGCACCUGUUCCAAAAGUGGGAAAAGCACCUAAAGUUACCAAUAGUGAUUCAAAACCAAAACUAGACAUUAACAAAUCUGAUCAAGUAUCAGUUCAGAGUCUCAACAUCCAAGAUGUUAUGAAAAAAGUAAACUUCCAUGCACCUGGAGAAAAUUAUAAAACUGAUGGUUAUGUUGUUACUGAACACACUGAUAAUUUAUUGAAACAACAUCUCAAACUUACAGGUGGCCAGGUAAGAACUAGGUUUCCUCCUGAACCUAAUGGUAUACUUCACAUAGGUCAUGCUAAAGCCAUCAAUAUCAACUUUGGUUAUGCUGCAGCCAAUAAUGGUAUUUGUUUUCUGAGAUAUGAUGAUACAAAUCCUGAGAAGGAGGAAGAAAAAUUCUUUACCGGCAUUAAAGACAUGGUUUCUUGGUUAGGUUAUUCUCCAUAUAAAAUUACUCACUCUUCCGACUAUUUUGACCAAUUGUAUGAAUGGGCUGUGGAAUUAAUAAAAAAAGGCUUGGCUUAUGUUUGUCACCAGACAGCUGAUGAAAUGAAAGGGUUCAAUCCAGAACCCUCACCAUGGAGAGACCGACCUACUGCCGAAAGUCUUCAAUUGUUUGAGGACAUGAAAAUUGGUAAGAUAGAUGAGGGCGCAGCGACUUUGAGAAUGAAAAUCACUUUAGAGGAAGGUAAACUUGAUCCUGUAGCUUACAGGGUACGAUUUACACCUCAUCACAGGACUGGAGAUAAGUGGUGUAUUUACCCUACAUACGAUUACACCCACUGUCUCUGUGACAGCAUUGAACAUAUCACACAUUCAUUGUGUACUAAAGAAUUUCAAUCAAGGAGAUCUAGUUACUAUUGGCUCUGCAAUGCUUUAAAUAUUUACUGCCCUGUCCAGUGGGAAUAUGGUCGCUUAAAUGUAAAUUAUACAGUUGUGUCCAAAAGAAAAAUAGCAAAACUAAUAGAUGAAAAAAUUGUGAAAGAUUGGGAUGAUCCAAGGUUGUACACCCUGACCGCGUUGAGAAGACGUGGCUUCCCCUCAGAAGCCAUAAAUAACUUCUGUGCUCAAUUAGGAGUCACAGGAGCACAGAGUACUGUAGAUCCAUCCAUGUUAGAAGCGUUUGUUAGAGAUUACCUAAAUAAUGCAGCCCCCAGACGUAUGGUUGUAUUGGAACCUCUUAAGAUUACUAUAGAAAAUCUACCCAAUGAUAAACCGAUAACUGUGUCUGUACCCAAUUUUCCGUCUAAACCUGAAUUAGGAAAUCACAAUGUUACGUUGGAAAACACAAUUUAUAUUGAAAGCAGUGACUUUAUGGAGGUUGGAGACAAGGGCUAUCGUCGUUUGACAAAGACACAACCGGUUGGUAUGCGUCAUGCCGGUUUUGUUUUAGAAGUAACUGGAAUCAAAAAGAACAAUUCGACCAUAAUAGAAGUAAUUUGUAAAUGUACGGAAGUAGAUAAAGUUAAAACUAAGCCCAAAGCUUUCAUCCAUUGGGUCAGCGACCCACAAGAAAUCGAAAUUCGUCUUUAUUCCUCUCUGUUUAAACAUAAGAACCCGGAAGAUCCCAAUGAAGUCCCCGGUGGAUUUAUUUCGGAUUGCGAUAAAGAUUCUUUGAGGAUUUUGAAAGGUUUUGCUGAUAAAUCUUUAUUGGACGCUAAAAUUUGGGAUAAGUUCCAAUUUGAGAGGAUUGGUUUUUUCUCGGUUGAUCCUGAUACAAAUGACCAAAAACUCGUUAUCAACCAAACUGUUGGAUUAAAGGAAGAUGCAGGCAAAUGAUUUGAAUAAUAGAUACUUAGGGGUAUUUUUGCUUUUAAUAAACUUUAAUUUGUAUUUAUGUAUUUCCUUUUAUAAAAAUCACAAUGUAAUGACUUUUUAUAAAAAAAUAAAAGAUUAAAUUUGAGCUUUAAAUCAGAGAAUCAACUUGUUUUCUAUUUUAACACGAAUAAAAACAAUAAUUAAAACAACUUUUAACGAAAGUAUUAUUUUGUUUUAAUACACUUCCUGAGUAUUUGAAAAUGAAUUUAGUGGAAAGGAAGUAUGAGUAAAAAAUAUGUUUAAGAAAUAUAGCCAUUUUAAUUAUAAAUAAAUCAAGUAAUAAUUAUUAGUACCAUUACAGGAAUGAACGAGGUACACCCAAAACCAUAUUAAUUCGAUAUUGAAAUUCAUUCGCUAUAGACCCACCAGUCCUUUUCGUAACCUUCAUGGACAUGGUCGAGUAACGCCAUCCUCCUUCCAUCACAGUAUCUAUAUUUAUCUUGCACCUUUUGUUUUAUAUCUAUUAAAUUUUCUUGUGUAAUAUCUCUCUCAAGAUACUCACUCAAGAGCUCUGUGGCCCUUUCAAGAUCUUUUUGGUUAUCUUCAAAUAUCACAGACUGAUUGUUUUUCUUUAAGUAGUAAGCAAACACGUAGGUGUACAUUAACGUUUGCCGACAUUGACAAAGUAUAUCUACAGCCUUUUUUAGAAACUGUACUUCUAUCCAACUCAUAUUGUGUUGCUGCAUCUCUUCCAUUUUAUCUUUAACCGACGCGUACAGUUUAUGUUCAAACUUUAAAGAUUGCAUGUGAUUCAUGUACCUAUUGCAGUAAAACAAGUAUCUUUGUAAAGCUGCUCGGGAUUUUUCCUGUGCAUCUCUAGCAGCUUUCGCCUCAUCUUCAUCAUACCUG